AUGUGGAAUACGGAGUACUGGGAUGAAUCAGGAUGCAGAUCAGGAGGAAUAGGGAAUCUCAAGGAUAAUAAAAACACCUGUGGAAGCACAUACACUUCUCCAUCUCGCAGGAAUUAUGUGUUUAUGUCUGUUACAGUAAAUCUAGGUGGGCUGCUCCUGCAGGCUCUAUUGGAGUUCUGGCCCAGAACUCACAUAAACCCAAUGGAAGAAGAGGAAAACGAGUUCAACCAUGUAAACGGCGAUCAGGAGAAUCGAACACAAAAGGGCAACGGAUAUUUCCAGGUUCCUCUACACACUCCUGUCAUCUUUGGUGAAGCAGGUGCAAGAACACUGUUUAGGUUAUUAUGUCGUGAUUCGGGAGAGACGGAGUCCUUGUUACUGAAUGAAACUGUACCUCAGUGGGUUAUUGAUAUCACUGUAGAUAAGAACAUGCCAAAAUUCAACAAGAUUCCUUUCUACCUCCAGCCUCAUUCAUCGUCUGGAGCCAAAACCCUUAAAAAGGAUCGUCUGUCUGCCAGUGACAUGCUGCAGGUGCGUAAAGUAAUGGAGCACGUUUAUGAGAAGAUCAUUAACCUCGACACUGAGUCACAAAGCACCAGCUCAUCAGCCAAUGACAAACCAGGAGAGCAGGAGAAAGAGGAAGAUGUGGCAGUGAUAGCCGAAGAGAAGAUUGAGCUUAUGCGUUUAGAUCAGGUUUUAGAUCCAAACAUGGAUCUCAGGACUGUUAAGCAUUUUAUCUGGAAGAGUGGUGGAGAUCUGACCCUUCAUUAUAAACAGAAAUCCACGUGAGAGCCGAGGACACCUCAGACCUCUGUGAAAAGACCCUUGAAUUGACUCCAAAUAAAGCACCCUGCUGUUCUCCGCUCUAAUAGUCGCCCAUGAAGAAUGUUUUACCGGUUCUCAUUGUCCAUGCUCAAAAUAGUGAACCAGCAGGAGAAAUCUGACUGACAGUUGAGGGUUAAGAGUCUUAAUGGGAUAGUUCACCAAAAAGUGAAAAUUCUCUUUAUCAUUUACUCAUCCAAUCCAUGUGUACAACUUGUUUUCUUCUGCAGAACACAAAGAUUUUUAGAAGAAUAUCUCAGCUCUGUAGGUCCAUACAAUGCAAGUGAAUGUUGACCAGAACUUUGAAGAUCCAAAAAGCACAUAAAGUAAACCAUACAACUCCAGUGGUUAAAACCAUGUCUUCAGAAGCGAUAUGAUAUGUGUGGGUGAAAAAUGGCUCAAAGUACUUUUUUACUACAAAUUUUCCUCCCUGCCCAGUUGGUAGCGAUAUGCACGAAGAAUGUGAAUCGCCAAAAACAAAGGAAGUGAAAGAGGAGAUUUAUAGUAAAAAAAAGGACUAUUGAUCUGUUUCUCACCCACACCUAUCAUAUUGUUUAUGAAGACAUGGAUUAAACCAUCAUAUGGAUUACUUUUAUGCUGCCUUUUUGGAUCAUCAAAUUUAUGGCCCUUAUUCACUUGCAUUGUAUGGACCUACAGAGCUGAGAUAUUCUAAAGUUUUUUGUGUUCUGCAUAUGAAAGCAAGUCAUACACAUCUGAAAUGGCAUGAGGGCGAGUAAAUUAAAGAAUUUUCAUUUUGGGGUGAACUAUCCCUUUUAGAUUGGCACCGUUACUGCAAUGUGCAGUAAACUAUACAUUGUAAUUCAUGCAGGCCUUGUUCUGCCUUUUACAUUUUCGUUGCAUUAUUGUCAUAACCAUGUUGGGGAUGUUAUGUCCUUUUUAACAAGCAUGAUGAUGAUGACGACAUGAUGAAGGUUUGUGUGCAUAUAUGGACUCGAUGUGUGAGAAAUCAUGUCACUGCACACCAGUACUUCCAUUCUCAGACAUUCCAGAGACUUUAAAGAUCACAGCUAGUGAAGCCGGUAAUCAAGACCGAACUUCCAUUUUAAAAGUGCACUCUUGCUGAUUUCAUUUAUGGGGGUGAGGUCAUAAUUGGCUUAAUAAAGCUAAAUUUAGUUGGGGGAAAAUGUAAUAGUCAAAAGGUACCACAUUAACAUCCUGUCUCAAACCUCACUUAGCUGAACUGUCAGAGUCAUAUAAGACAGAUGAAGAUAAGUUUUCUGUUGAACAGAAUACACGUAAUGGGAUUACAUAUCUAAAAUACAAAAUAUAAGUAACUGUAUUCCACUACAGUUACAAUUUAAAAUAUAGCUGCAAGCAGCAAUUGUCAGGGUUCAAGCAUUUUAAGAACUUUAAAGUAUGCAAAAAAAAAUAUGUCUUUGUAUAUAUGUAUAUAUUUACUUUGUAAGUUGCUGAAUUUGCAAACUGGUGUUAAAUGUAAUUCUGAUGUGUUGUGUUUAACGAUCCUGAAACAGGAUAAAGUCAGACUUAAAAUGUGCAGACAAUCCAGCCUUUCAAUCUCAAACUCAGGUUUGGGCCACAUUCAGUCAAAACAGACUGUAUUUUUGUAUUUUGUUAAUUAAAUUAAUAUACUAUAUUUUUAUUUGCAUAAUGUUUAUUUAAAAAUGUUAGGAAAAGACAUGUUAUAUUAUUUUUCAAUUAAUGCUGUAUUUAAAUUUAAAAUAUUUUAAAAUCCAAUGAAUGAAGGCAGAUUAGUACCAUCUGGUGGAAAGAAAUUAAGAAAAUCAUAUGUAAUACUAUGGUGUGGCCGCUAGAUGCCUGUACAUCUCUAUAUAAAUAUAAACAGACCUUGCUGAUUACAAUGUUUUCAGGCAUAAUUAUUUACUAUUAUUAGGUUGGAUGCAUAUUUAGACAUUAUCAAACUACUUUUUGUUAAAAAAUAUUUUCUUUGUUUGUUAAAAUGUUGUUUUACUUUAUGGAUUAUGGAUUAUGAUUACAAUCAUGCAUGAGCACAGAGAAUGAAUUGUAUUUCACAUCAUCUAAAACAAACAUUCGUUUUCAAUAAAAAUAAAAUAAA